AUGAUCAGAGUUGUUGGUGUUUCUGUCUUCUGCCUGCUCAUUCUUAAUCUUCUCAUCAUUAUAGUUACUAAUUGGUCAUCACCAGGGAAGGUCUUGGGGAGAGAGUCGAAGCAGGAGCAUUGUGACGCGGAUCGCCCUGCACCCUGUGGUCCGGCAUGCCCAGCUGGGUGGCUUAACUAUGAAGGAAAAUGCUACUUUUUCUCAGAGGAAGAAAAAGACUGGACUUCCAGCCAAAGCUUUUGUGCUUCCUUUGGCUCGUCUCUGGCUGUGAUUGAAACAGAGCCUGAAAAGGUGUUCAUUCUGCGAUAUGGGUGCUCUACUGGUUACUGGAUUGGCCUCCGGAAGGCACCUGACCAAACCUGGAAAUGGAUAGAUGGGACAGAAUUAAACAAUAUGUUGGAGGUGAAAGGAGAAGGAGGAGAUUGUGUGUUUCUGAACUCUGACUCUGCAGUUUCCUCACAUUGCCAUGAAAUAAGAAAUUGGAUCUGCAGCCAUCCUGAUAUUUAUACAAAGAAAGGGAGGAACAAAAUUCAGGAACAAAAUGACAAGACUUAA